UAAAACAAGCAUAAACAAAAAGGUACCUAAACACCCCCACAAAAUUAAACAAAUAUCAAAACCCUAAAAAAAAUCACAUUCCAAAAUUCCAACCCAUCAAUUCAAAGCCUAAAAGUUGACAAUUAGCGGCAGAAUAUCAAACAACACCACGGUAUCAUCGUCCUCACAAUUUUGAUUCUGCAACUCGCCCUCUCCGGCUUCUUCAUCGCUGUCAUUAUAUUCCAUUUUAUCCCCUUUUUCCCUAUAUAUUCAUUUCUUAUUAACUCAAUACUAUUUAUCACCAUUAUUGUUGAAGAAAUUGUUGCUUUCUUGUUUAGUUUACGCGUGUUUGAAAACCUAGGCUUUAUUAUUUUUGUUGUUGUUCAAAAGAGGCCGAUUUUGGGGAUAUUUUUGAGUGGUUAAUGGCUGAAAACGGUCAGGGGAUAGAGCCUGUGUUGCUUGAUGAUAUAAUUAACAGGUUGUUGGAGUUUCGGCAGGCGAGAACCCUGCGGCAGGUUCAGUUAUCAGAAUCGGAGAUUCGACAGCUUUGUACGGUUUCUCGAGAGAUUUUUCUUCAGCAGCCGAAUUUGCUGGAGCUUGAGGCCCCAAUUAAGCUAUGUGGUGACAUUCAUGGGCAAUACGGUGAUUUACUGCGGCUUUUUGAAUACGGUGGUUUUCCUCCAGAAUCGAAUUAUUUAUUCCUAGGUGAUUACGUGGAUCGUGGCAAACAAAGUCUCGAAACAAUUUGUCUCUUACUCGCUUACAAAAUUAAAUACCCCGAGAACUUUUUUCUUCUAAGAGGAAACCACGAGUGCGCUUCUAUUAACCGGAUAUACGGUUUUUACGACGAGUGUAAACGUCGUUUUAAUGUCAGACUUUGGAAAACAUUCACCGACUGUUUCAACUGUCUUCCUGCUGCUGCACUAAUUGACGACAAAAUCUUAUGCAUGCACGGCGGGCUUUCUCCCGAUUUAACAAAUUUGGACCAGAUUCGGAAUUUGGCCCGCCCGACCGAUGUACCGGAUUCGGGCCUGCUUUGUGAUUUGCUUUGGUCUGAUCCGAGUAGAGAUGUGAAAGGAUGGGGGAUGAGUGAUCGGGGAGUUUCGUAUACGUUUGGAGCUGAUAAAGUUGCGGAGUUUUUAAUGCAACAUGAUAUGGAUCUUGUCUGUCGAGCCCAUCAGGUUGUAGAAGAUGGGUAUGAGUUCUUUGCUGAUAGGCAGCUUGUUACGAUAUUUUCGGCCCCAAAUUAUUGUGGUGAAUUUGAUAAUGCUGGAGCAAUGAUGAGUGUUGACGAAAGCUUAAUGUGUUCUUUUCAAAUUUUGAAGCCAGCUGACAGAAAACCGAGAUAUUUAUAAAGGAAGUUGUGACCCAAAGCUUUUAAGAAUCCCCUGGGUGCCGGCCUAGAAUGCUUGUGAUGGACACACUGCUGUUUUAGUUUUGUGUCGUAAACACUUUUUGAAUGAAGUUUUUUUGUUUUAAGAUGGGAUAACAUUACCAUGCUGCUAUGGAGAUUGGUGGACAGCUUGCCUCUAUACGUUCAGAUGAUCAGUUUGCCUAUUUUUCAAUUAAUCAGUAUUAUUAUUGAAUCAUUUUUUGUAAUCUGUUCAUGCCCAAUUUAUAUGCUGCAUCUUCUCCAUUGACAUUUCUAAUUGACCCCCUUUUGUUACAUUGUUAGAAGGUUUAAUUUAAUUCUUCAAUUAGUAUGAAGUUUUUAGAAGUCA